GUGCUGGAGAUGGCGAGUCGAGCAGAUUGUUGAGGCGCCAAGGUCAGACGACCAGUUUCGCGUCCAUCGUCGUCGUGGACGUUAGAAGAGGCAAAGGGACGGUGACGCUGUGCAACGAGCACCAGCGGCACAGUGCCACGGUUGGUCACUGCGAACGGGACUGACUGAUUCGACGUCGGAAGCGCAUCCAGCAGCAGAAACACGCUCUCGGCCAUGGCCGGGUUCCAAUUGGCGCCAGUGCACAGCGCGCGCACCGUGUCUGGAUCGAGGCAACGCAGGCCCGCUCGCAGCGCCUCAGGGGCGAGUGUGACCUGCACCGCAUCGUCUGCCACGCGUGGCACCCGUUCAGCGCCAGACGCAGACGCUGAGGAAGAGCAUGGCAACGACGAGGAUGUUGAUGACGCGAGGGCGCUCUCGAUGGCUGCCUUGACAGUGUAGUUUGGAAACAACUGUGCUUGAGUGAGAGGCUUCUUGGUCAUCGGACAUGUUUUGUGGGUCUGGAGCCACCUUUCGAUGGCGUCGCGCUCAAAGCAGUGGCCGUACGGGGUCGAGACCGGGUCGGACAUGACUUCCUGCGUGAUGGGGCAGUUGAAGGCCUCCAACACUUCGGACAAGGCGUGCUGGCUCUGUGCACGAUGCAAUGGUGAUGACGAGGAGAAUGAUGCUGCUGAUGCUGCUGGGGAUGGGGAUGGGUGGGCGCUGGGGCUGGUCUCGGCGUACUUGGUGCGCUGGCUCAGGAGCAGCGGUGACGCUGUCGUAGACCGCCUUCAGUCCUGCUCCAAUGAGAGCUCCGGCCGCGAGCGCGAUGCCGGCCACUGCAAAGAUACCAAAGUCAUCACUGUCGUCACUGGUCGAGCCAUUCUUCUUGCUUUUGGAUGGAGGCAUUUUUUUUGUUCGAGUUUGGUUGCACGCAGCGUAAGAAAAUCGAAAGACGGAGAACGGAAAACGCAGCAAACGAGAAAACAAGAGAGAAACGAUAUUUGCUGAGGUUUUGCUGAGUUGCUGAAUAUGUUAUGGAUUGAUGAAAAUUCCAGUUUGACAAACCAUUUGACGGUAUUGCAGCGCAAGACGAGCGGCAUGUGGAUGAGUAAACCUGCCCUGAACAUGGAUUGCCAAAAACCCGAACGUUCUAUUUGUCUUCGCGGUGCCUUGCGGACCCCUCCUUUCGUUUCGGUUUGUUUGGUCGCGCUCCCUCAGCCGUCGUGGAGCGUUCUGCGCAGUUCAUGCAGGGUAGUGGAGCGACAUACCCGAGCUCAACAUUUUCCGGGAAGAAUGCGGUUGCCAGUAUUGGAAUAAGCCCCGCGAUUGAAUCAUAAAGCGCCGCUGCCCAUGAUUCCAAUCCGCAUUGUCUCCUCCAUCCAUCAUGAUUGUUACCCAACGAUGGUGUGGCGCAUUGUUGUUGCUCCCAUCAUCGUCCCGAGCUGCGAUGGACCAUCGGAAUCGGGAUAAAAACAAAAACAAACAAUUCCAAACGUGUAAAAUCCCCCGAACGCAUGUCAAAUCGAUCAUUGUCAAAUCGAUCAAUUACCAAUCGAUCAGCGAAGGGGCUUGGAAUCCCAUCGGGUCCCUCUCACGCGAUUUUCGCAUGACGCUGUUGUCCAAAGUGAGCUUGUGCCGAGGACGGAUGGAGUGGGGCGUGCGCCAGAGAGAGAGAGAGCAUCAGCCAAAUCGCAGCAUCGAAAUGAUGCAUCGUCCUUUCAACUUCCAUCCUGCCCCUGGGUCGGGGCAAUUGCCUUCGCGAUUUAUCCCAUUUUCCGUCAAAAGAAUGAAUUUACGCAGAUGGAAGACGCUCACUCUUGCAUUUUGCUUUUUCUUUGACAAGCGUUGACAAUCUGCCAAGCAGCUCAACCCAAAACUGGUCCUGCCAGCUCCCUUCAAAUUCGCUUUCGAUUAAUUUGAUUUUUUAUUUUUGUCGGAUACCUCCACCUCGCCGGAACCACGAUUUCGCCAUACGUCUUUUCCUCCCUCAAUCUUUUUUCGGCCUAGCAACCAAUCCUCUUUUGUAACAUUCUUUUGUUUUAUCGAUCAAGUAUCUCGACCUUGACAAGCCAAGCACACACACACACAAAAACCAAGAAUGCCCGCUCAACUGACUCCCACCCUGCACGCCCCUGAGGCCGACAACCAAGGCGCCGCUCCUUUUGAAGCUGCCUCCCUGUUUGCGCACGCUCGCAACAACGCCAUCCGCGUUAUUCGCCAGCACUUGACUGCCGAGGAGAAAUCCGCCAUCAACACUGGCCAUGUUUACAUUUACUGCGGCAAGAAGAUUGAGCGCUGGACGGACAACCGCCUGUGGUCCAAGGCGUACUCGACCAAGGCUGGCUGGCUCAUCUACCGCGAGUUUGAGUUUGACCCGAACAACACGAACGGCCGCACCAAGAAGCGCAAGGCUGGCGGUCUGAUCAAGAAGAUUCUGAGCGAUCCGACCCCCAACUCGACCCUCCGCCUGGUGUUUUACACCAACCACAUUUCCGCCGCCGAGGCCGAGGAGGUCCCCACCAGCCCCCAGAUUGCUCGCCGUCACAGCAGCAGCGUCAUCCCCUCCGUGGCUGCCUCGAUGGGCGGCUCGUACCGCCAGCGUCGCUCGUCCGACUCGUUAUCCGAGAGCGAUCUCGAGACGCUGCACGAGCGCGACGAGCAAAACCACACCAACCUCUUUGCGUCGUCCACGCUGCGUCCGUCCCGGUCGGAGCCCACCCAGGCCGAUGCAAGCGACUACCAGGACUACGCCUCCAUCAUGGCGCAGCUCAAGUCGUACCAGCAGCGUGUGGGCAUGCUUGAUCGCCCCGCCAUGUUUUACGACCCGGCCCCGGUUGCCAGCACCACCUUCUUCCAGCCCAUGCUUGGUCAGUUUGCGGAUGCCCGCAUGACCUUGGCGACCGCUGCCAACGACAUGACGUUCGAGCAGUUCCUGGCGCAGGAUUACUCGUCGUCCUCCUCCGCCUCGACGCUGCUGAGCACAUCGGCCUCCAUGCCAGCCAUCGACGCCUCGACGCUCACCGACUCUUCCACGGCCACGUGCCUCACGCCCUUUGGCAACUUUUUCCAGCCCAUUCCCAGCGUGAGCACCGCCGAAAUGGUUGCCUUCGAGAACAACUUUCCCUUUGGCUUCUCCAGCCUCAGCAGCCACAACAUUAGUGGCGUCUCGCACCAGUAAAGUCGGGCACCACUUGUGAUUGUCCCCCCUUAUGCGUUUGAGUGCAUCCGUCUUGAUGGCUGCUGCACGUUCCAUUUUGUUACCGUUGUUGUGAUUGUUGUUGUUAUGUUUGUCUCGUUCUUCGUUUCGGUUUGGUUAUUUUUAUAUUAUUGCUGCCUCCUAUCAUCAGGAGAGUUAGGUCCUUUGCGACUUUUUUUGUUUUCGAACACAGGCUGUACAUUUGAUGGAUCGGUUAUCCUGCGUCCAUUGUUUUCAUUUUACAAUACACCGUUUUUUUU